AUGCGUCGUAUUCUGGACUUCUUAGAACUUCCAUGGAACACAAGAGUGUUGAAUCAUGAAGAUUACGUAGAGGAAGAUGUCAGAUUGUCAAGAAUGGAGCGAAGCUCGGAUCAGAUGGUCGAACCCGUAAAUACAGAUGCGUUGUCAAAAUGGGUAGGAGAAAUACCUGAAGAUGUUGUAAAAGAAAUGGAAACCAUAGCGCCAAUGUUGCGACGGCUUGGUUUUACGAUCCAAAUGCGAAUCACACACCCAACUAUGGGACCCCCGACGAAUUUGUGGCGAAGAAAACUGAAGAACUAUAUAAGGAUUUUGAAACAUGGUACAAAAGGCAGAUAUGGUGGUGAAUGA